GGUAUGUCUAGUAUCCCGACGAAGGUCCAUGGUAUGAACUGUUGGUCAUUCCACUUCGUUUUGAGCUACUUUGUUCAAUCAUGAUCCCCAUAUCAAUUAAGGUGUCCCUUGACCUUGUGAAGAGCUUGUAUGCAAAGUUUAUUGAUUGGGAUGAUAAAAUGAUUGACCAUGAGAUUAUUACUGCAGCCCAUGCAACAAAUACAGCAAUCAGCGAGGACUUGGGCCAGGUUGAGUACAUUUUGACUGACAAAACUGGUACUCUAACAGAAAAUAAGAUGAUCUUUAGAAGGUGCUGUAUCAGUGGCAUUUUCUAUGGAAAUGAGACAGGAGAUGCCUUCAAAGAAAGUAAUAGUGUUGAAACAAUUCUUGGUGGCAUCCCAUGCCUGAAUGCCCUUGUAUUUGGCAUCUGGCAUGAAGCAAAAGUUCAAAGACAAAUAAUAAAGAAAAUGUAG